UGCAACUGCAACUACUCUUAUUCUCACGUCAACGACUUCUAUAGUUAUGCACUUCUCAACCGUCAUCUCAACCCUUCUCUUCGCUAGUACUGCUUUCGCAGUUCGUGCAGGCUUUGACAACACCUAUGACAAUGCUGGAGGCGAUAUGAACACUGUUUCAUGCUCAACGGGAUCUAACGGCCUCGAAGGCCGCUUCCCAACCUUUGGUGACCUGCCAACCUUCCCGAACAUUGGCGGCUCAGACUCCAUCGCUGGCUUCGGCUCUGCGGAAUGCGGCAGCUGCUGGCAACUUACUUUCCCGGACACGGGUGUAUCGAUCAAUGUCACUGCGAUGGACCACGCUGCAGACGGAUUCAACCUGAGCCAGGAGGCGCUUGACACGCUUACGAACGGAAACGCGGUACAGGAUGGUGCUGUACAAGUCGAUGCCGUGGAGGUCGACAAGUCUGGGUGCGGCUUGUAGUUUCGUGAGAAUGCAUUAAAGUAACCCGCCCGGCGUAUAUGGCGAUUAGAAGUGAUUACUCGGGAUUUUCGGACUUAAUCAUACACUCGGACUUUAUGAACUACGCUUUCGAUAGAUGGACAUUCUGCAUGCAUCAGAAAUUAAGACACGAAGUAUUGAGCAUGUUACAUUAUUCAUGGAGAAUGCUUUUAA